CAGACGCUUUGACUUGUCAGCGCAGGAACAGCGCAGGUGUUUACUGACAACACUAACGACGACCGCGAGCACACACGCACGACGCCGGGCCCCAGAAACUGAAGCGGCUACACGGAAUUCAGCCAUCGUUCACUGGAUUUGCUUUUCCCUCUGUCACCUACCAAAUUAUCUUCUGUGAAAAAUGGCUGACGGUGUUACAUUGAACACUAUAGUAUAUAUUCUUCUGCUGAGGCCGGACAUUUCCUUAUGUAUUCGGUAUAAAUAAGCAAUGACCCUCUUCGUUGGGCAGCUGUGCUAACAGCAAAGCCUCGUUUUGACCCAGAAGUUGUCCGGCAGUAUAAUCCGUAGGUGUGCCAAUCUACGUCGUCCAGAAGUUACGCCUACUUUGCUGCUACAGUCUGCUCAAUCUCGCCCUGCGUUUAGCCACAUUUUCAAGCACAUAACUCUUUUAUCUCUUUUGAAAGAUGUCUUUGAGUGAGAGAAGUGUUGAGGAGAUCAGCAAGUUGCUUGCUGAAUACGGCAUUAAACAUGGACCCAUAGUAGACUCUACUCGAAAGCUGUAUGAGAAGAAGCUUGAACAGGCCAUGGAGAACGCUCCUGUGAAAGCCUCCUCUGAUAAGACCUACUACAGAGAGGAAGAUCCACCCCGGACCAUCUGGCUUAUGGAGAAAGAAAGUGGUGGUGUAGUUUUUCCACCCCAGGACUACUUUCUCCAUGUUGAACUCACCACUGAGGUAACAUAUCUUGUUGAGGGUCAAAACUGGGUACCAGUUUCAGCUGUGCCAGUACCCACAGCAGGUGGUUCAUACAUACUGUAUACUCAGGCAGUGGUUUCAGAUUCCGUUUUCCCCCUCAGAGCACACAGUCUCGCCCUCUUCCAUCUCCACCUCCAAGAAAGUACUCAAGGGUCAAGCCAAACUAACCUGAGGGGGGUCCAAGGGGCCAUUGAGGAGUUUAUCCAGGUGGCUGAGGCUCUCCCUACUUUGGCAGCAGAGAUGAGGAAAGCGGGCAAAUGCAAGACAGGUUCACCAGGCAGGAGGUGGAGACCUUGAAGGCCACUUUCCAGUGUCUCAUAUGUCAGUCUGAAAUGGAAGGUCCACCACUGGUGCUGUGCUGCCGAAGCUUCAUUGAUGCCAGGAAUGUAUUUCAGUCCUACUGACAAGCGAAGCCUGCCCAAAGUGCAGGGCUCCAAUUAGCCUGGACAGGAGUGUUGAUCAUGGAGAAACUACAGAAGCCACAUUAUAAAGAAAUUAAAGCUUGGCCAGAUAUUUUCACAGCUUGACAUAUUGCAUGCACCGUGUUACAGUGAGCAUGGAUUUCAAUAAUAUGAAUUGCUAGGCCUUUUGGGUGAGCACAUGCAUUUCGGGGCAAAUACUGAGGUCAUGGAGCCAACAGAUCUAAUUUUGCCCUCCUAAAAUUAUUGCACAACUUAAUUUUGCUUUUCAUGUGUGCAUUGUAUCUUUGUAGCUACACUGAAUCAAUUAAAGGUCAUUUUUGAAGCAGCAAUAAUAAUGACUAUGAAUGAUUAUUAGUAUUUCUUAAUACAUGACAAAUGAGUGUGACAAAGUUUGAUGCUCUAUGAAGUGGUCGAUGGAAAGAAAUAUGAGUAAUGUCUACUUGAAUACUUUACAGUAGUGUAUUAGGUCCAUUGUGGGUUAAAAAAAAAUUACAGAGCUAGGGGAGAGGGAUCAUGCUCAGAGAAAAAACUCUGAAUUUCCAAGAUUAAAGUCGUACAUUCACAAGGAAGAAACUCGGAUAUUCCCUGAGAUUAUAAAGUUAUAAAUUAACGAGAAAAAAACUGAACAUUUGUCUUUUUGCUUCACUUCGCAAGGUUGGAUCAAUCUCAUCACACUACAGACGCCGCUGCUAAGCCUGCAGUGGAUGACCUAAUCAAAUUAUACUUAGCAAUUGGAUUCAGCAAUAAGGAAAUAGUCAAGAUUUUUAGCCCAGAAUCACCAUAUUAUCAUAAGCAUCCGGACUUUGAGUAUUUUUUCCUCAUCAUAUGUGACUUUAAGAACAGAUCUUACAUAACAAUGUUGUAAAUUAAAGAAAUUAUAAUUACAGGCAAACUUCAGCACAAGGAGCUUUCCUUGUCAAACGUGCCAUCUGGUGUUCAUUCUCUCUGACCUCUUAAUUUCUAUUAUCAUCGAAUUAUCAUAAACUUAUGUACAGAAGUGUCAACACGUGUUUAUUUCAAUGAGGUCCGACAUGUGCUCUGUCUUGUUUUUUA